UUGGGUGUGAUAGAAAAGGGCGCAUAAAAGACCAGAGCUUUGCCAACCCUUGUCACAAUUUAACCCUGGAUUUAGAUGGUGCAAAUACUUCCUUAAAGAACAAACUGUAAUUUGGCUUUCUCGUCAACAUUAUUAUAUAGUUAAUUAACAGAGCCGCGUGGACCUUAUGGCGCUUUUCAUGGAACCUGAAUUCUUCUGCGUCCAAAAACUGACAGACCACCGGGAGAUAGAUUUUGUACUAUCCAAAAGCAAGGACCAAUUUAACGACUUGAUGAGUGAGUCGGCGACGUCGUCUCGAGAGCCAGACAAAGCAGGGCUGGUGGAAGGUCAAAGGAAAAGAAAGAGGACCAUAUUCAGUCGCGCGCAAUUGUCAGAAUUGGAGAGAGCCUUUGUAGUGACACCAUACCCCGACAUUACACUACGGGAGAGGCUAGCUGCCCUCACACAUUUACCUGAGAGCAAGAUACAGGUGUGGUUCCAGAACAGACGGGCUAGAAGCAUAAAGAGCGGGAGACUGAGCAGGCCAGGGAAAAGGAGCCCGGGAAGAGAGGAGCCCACCAGCCCCUCCUCCCUCUGCCCCGCGUUCACCCCCGCCAAACUGGGGGGCCUGGGUGGCCCGGAGCAGUACCAGGGCGACGGCAGGCGGCAGACCUACUCGGAUUGGGUCAGGCACUACAGCAGGACAGCUUCCCAUCUCGCCCAGCCCUCCACACCAGCCUCUCCCGACCUUCCCGAGGCUGUGCUCUGGGAGGACGGCCAUCGCCCCCACGCACCCCUAUCGGCCAGUGCCAGACAUGUCUGGCCCACCCCGCAGAGGUGGGAGGAGUUUAGCCAGCUGUGUGCAGCCAGCCCAGGGUACAGGCAGCCCAGGCCCCAGCCUCACUCAGCCACUCAGGGCAAGUACAGCUGUGCCUCCGUAGACCAGGUGGUUCCCACCCACCCACAGCAGAUGUACUGGGACAUCCCCCAUGGGCAGGACCAUGCCAUGGCCGGACCCCAGACUUCACUUGGCUAUAUCUCUGACCUGAUCUACAAUGCUGCCGUUGUCACUAAUCUGCUUGAGUUCUGAUUGACCAACAUGUACACACAUGUAAACGCACAGUCUCACUCACAUAGAAACACACACACACAUAGGAACAGGCAUAAUUACACAAAGGCAUAUACACAGAAAUAAACUGUCUCUUCUCUCUCUCUCUCUCUCUCUCUCUCUCUCACACACACACACACACACGCACACACACACACACACAUACACAUCCACAGAUAUACCAAUGGACAUGAACACAAAGCUUCUCCUCAAGCAUACUACCCCUGCUCAGCCAUGCCACUAAUGCUUCCUUUCUGUCACCUCUAUGUACAGGGGUUUGCUCUACUACCUGUGUUCUCAACUGUGCUCCAGUCUAUUGGAAAUCUCGCAUUGGCUGAUAGCAUAACAGCCAGCAUCAGAUUACAGCACAUGCAUGCUUGAAACAGAAGGAUAACAAGAAUAGAUUCUAAAGCUGCAUGUUGUAAAUCCAUCGGUGGGCCUGUUGAGCACAAUGCAAGUCCAGAAGGGGUUUGGCUGGUUGCAUAUUGUGCAGUUUUGUUGAAUGCACACUUUAAGAGGGAUUGUCUAAGCUAUGAAAGAUAAAGAAAACAUACUUAUUCUCUUUCUGUAUUUUGAUUUCUUUCUUGCAUAAUUUAAACUGGUUCUUUUAAAAUUACUUUUCAAUCUGUAAUAGAUAUUUAUUUGUAGAGAUUGUGAUGUACCGUGUUAGAUAAUGUGAUUGUUUUAAUUUAUCACAGCUGGCAGGAAUUCU